AUGCACAAUGUCAUCGAAGAGACCCGGGAGACGGACAAUGCCUCUGGGGUGGUGAUGAGAGGAUCACAUCACUGGAAUAAUGCGAUCUAUCAUUUUCAAAGUGACUUGAAUCCACAAUGCAUCUUUGGUCCAUCGAGAAAGAUCAAACAACAGUGCAUAACCCAUUUGUUGGACGUCUCAGUCCUCAGGACGUCGAGAACAUCACGUGAUCUGGUGUAUAUGACCCCACCGAACCUUCUCCAUGGCUCGUACGCGACAUCUUACUCACUGAAUGCUCUCUUCUCGCCUUCAAGUUUCAUAUUUCUGAUACCCCUUUGCUAUUCCACGCUUUUUGUUUUCAUCAUUGGCACUUACUCUCGUUUUCUUUGCGCCUGCCUUACCUCCACCGAAACCGGUUCCAAGGAGAAGGGGAGAAGGAAACAUAUUACAUAUACAAACGACGCGAUGUCUACCCCAUCGGCAAUGUUCGACAUGGCGCAAGGUCGUCGCGACCUGGCCGCCCUACCCUCCGACUGGCAACAAAACAUCAGAGAAGCUUGGGAAGUCGUCGAUCAACAAGGCCUCGGCUCCCUCAACGCGCGCGAGUGGCCCUUUGCCCUCCGCGCCAUCGGCUUCGACUUGGCCCGCACAGAGACCUACGCCCUCCUCCUCGCCCACGGCGUCCCGCCGCACGACCACGACCCCUCGCGGGGCCCCUGCAGCCCGUCCCGCUUGCGCAUGCCGCAGGAGCACUUCUCCGCCAUCGCGGCGUGGCUGCUGAUGCGUCGCGACCCGCAGGAGGAGGCCGAGGACGCGUGGAAGAUGUUUGACCCCCGCGGCACGGGGCGGGUUACGCUCGAGAGUUUGCGGGCCGUGUGUGGCGAGGUGAACUCGACGCUGAGCGAGGCGGAUAUGAGGAGGAUGAUUGACAUGGCGGAUAUUUCGGGGAAGGGGUGGGUUAGUAAGGAGGAAUUUAUUGAGGUUGCCAAGGGCGGGUUUGGACGUGGUUGA